CAAAUGUUUAAGCAUGUCAUCAGCCCACAUCCCAACAGCACCACUGACAUGAACCUUCUUCCAAACAAUAACACUCCAAAAGGUUUAAUAUACAACCAACACCAGCCCCCACAACACAAUACAUCAGUACAAACAAAACAAAUACAUCUACUUCAUCCCUUCCAACCAGUUUACACAUGAUCCAUUACAAAUACACAAAAUACAUUAUUAGACAUUAAAAGACACAAGUAACACAUUUAAACAGCAACUGUUUGACAAGAUCCUCCACAACCACAUCAGGGCGAACAUCUACAGCCAGAUGUGUCCGCCUCUUAAGUCCUUUAACAUCCUGUUCAAAUCAUCCAAUGAGAGCAGCUCGUUAAGACGUCUCAGCUCUUUUUGUAAUUCAUUUAAAGUAAAGGAAGCAAACUUAAAACGCCUUUGUUCCACAGUUCAGUUCUGACUUUUGGAAUAGAAAGAAAGAAACGCUCCUGGGAUGGAAGAUUAUAAAUCCCUGUACUGAUAAAUUAACUGAAAGGUGAGAUCAUUUUUGCACAGGUUUAUAAACAAUUAGAGAUCAGUCCGAUCCGAUCCUUAAUCGAGGAUCGGCAUCAGGUCCGAUAUUGACAUCAUUUAUGGAUCGGAUAUCGGACUGACAGCGCUGAUCCACCUCACUGAUUAAGAAAGAUGGUUGGACACUUAAAACCUUCUGAACUCACACAGACUCACUUUGAAGACGUUCAGACUGAACUGUAGGAAGUGUUCACAAAUCAUCAACAUCAAGACGGUCAGACGAGAUAGAAGAUUCUAUCACCUCAGUUUAAAAGAUUUAAUUUGAAAAACCUGACAGUUGUCACUGCUUCCUGUUUGUAUGUGAAGACAGCACAAUACAAUGCAGUGCCGGGUUUACUGCAGCUUUGUGUAGCCUUACAGCUUAUACCAACAACAACAACAAUAACUUCAUUAGUUAUGAUGAUAAAAAUAUAGAAAUCAGUAUCGGUACAUAUGUAUCGGAAUCAGAUCGGAACUGAAAAAAAGAGGAUCUGUGCAUCUCUUUAAACUAUCAGACUUAUUUUUGUAACCAUUGACGUCGCCCCCUGCUGGCUUUUAUAAACAAUGCAGGUUCAAGACUCUUCCACCUCUUCUUCCCCUUUGAAAUCCGAGGAGACCUUCACUUCUCAUUAACUCUAUGACCUCUACUCCUCUACAGUAGAGAUGAAUGAAUGCAUUUUUUGGUUUUCAGAAACUGCAUGUUGAUAAAACAAAAGAGCAUCAGAUCUUUAGUCUGGGUAAUCCACAGUCCCUCUGUAGGCUACACCAGGCUGCAGAGGUUGCACGCCUGUGUUUUGCUGCAUUUGGAAAGAUGUUGAUCUGAGCACGGUGGGCCUCAGGAAUGCCCGGAAUGGCAAUCACCUUUAUUCUAAUUACUUUCCCACCAUCACCAUGCUGUCAGCUGCUCUGUGGCUCCCUCACAACACACAACGUGUCACUUUCCUCUGCACCGCUGCACACUGUCACCAUGAGCCUUCAGACCGUCCUCCUCAUGCUCUCAGUUUGUUUUUACAUGUUUCCCCCGGCUCUCUCCCCUCAUCCUGAAUCUGCAAAGAAGAAGUCAGGCUGCUUCAAAGUCAACAACUGCAAAUGCAUCAUGAAGGACGGCAGCGGCGUGAUUAACCUGAAAGCUAUGGGAGAUGCAGACGGUUUCCUGGGGCGCUUGAGGCCUGUGUCCGCAGAGAACCUGCCUGUCAGUGUGGAGCUCCUCCUGUCCUUCAGCCCCUGCCAACCCUUCUCACAGCCAGAGGACUCGACAGGAACGGAGUGCACCAACGUUGCUGCAUGCCUCGUCGUCAGGUAUCACGAGAUCAACAGAUUCAUUAACCGCUAUUUCAGCUACGGUAGACAUGAAGGGAAUGAGUUCCACUACAACGACACCCUGAAGACGCUGUCCGUCUCAUACUUUUCUCAUGAGCAGAAGCCGCUCACAGUGGUGCAUUAUCACUGUAACCCCGAUGAACCCGCUUCUUACAUCCAGGACCUGAGUCUCGGCACAGAGGAGCCCCUGCAGAUCUGGGUGGAGAGCCCCUGUGCAUGUCAGAAUGCCUGCGCCAUGGGAGAUCUGGGUGUGGGUACCAUCUUCCUCAUCAUCCUCUGCGUCAGUGCUGCUGCAUACUUCAUCCUUGGCUCCUGCGCCCUGAGGCCUUUUCGGAGCAGCAGUGGAGUUCAGAUCUCUCCCGAGCACAGUGUGUGGUGUAUGAUCUGCUACCUCUGCACUGAGAGAAGGCCAGCAAGAGGACACUAUGCAGACAUGACACACAGCGAACGAUAAGCAGCUGCAACCCUCUGCAACGCUACAGGAAGUCUCAGUGUGUCAAAUGUUUUGACCUGAAGGUGUCGUGUCCCGCUGACGGCCCGCAGUCAGAAUGGUGUAAGUGUUUUACAGUUCAGCUCAGAGUGACAGGCUCAAUACCUUCACUCAGUAUGGUGAGGAAUUAUAAGUUAACAAUAAACGUCUUUUCAUUUCUUUUUAUUGCUUAAAAAUUAAUUCUCUUUGAUAUCUUACAUUCACUUGUAAAAUACAAAAAAUAAUGGUUUGGGGAAAGAGGCUUUGUAUGCAUGAUGUGAAUCGCCUUCAAAAAGACAAAAUCACCACAUCAGACAACAACAUGCAUAACCAUCCAAGCGGAAUAAAAUGUCAAAUUAUAAGGAAAGAAAACAUGUAAUUAAAUUUUAAAAAAGCCAAAGCAAUGAGUACAUUGAAAAGUAAAAAAACAAUCAGGAGCCUUUUAGUAAUUCAGAUAUUAGAAGAUUCCAAUGCAUUAAAGGUUAUUUUGCAAUAUUAUGUUUUUCUAAGUCCCGAAAUAUGUCCCCAGUCUGUCUACAAACCCCCCAAUGAUGAGAAAAGUCCAUCCUCUCCGUCUUUUGCCUGCUCCACUUUUCA